AGUGCCUCUGGAAGCAAGGGGAAGGCAGCUGUGGGAUCCUGGCUGAGCCGAGUCCAGUAUCUGGCCUGUGGCUCCUGCACCAUGAAAAUCCUGCUGUGUGACCUCCUGCUGCUCAGCCUCUUCUCCAGCGUGUCCAGCAGCUGUCAGAAGGACUGUCUGACCUGCAGAGAGAAGCUCCGCCCCGCUCUGGACAGCUUCAACCUGGAGGUGUGUAUCCUCGAAUGUGAAGGAAAGGUCUUGUCCAGCCCUCUCUGGACCCAGUGCAGCAAGGUCAUGGCCAGGGGCUCCUGGCAGCUCAGCCCUGUGGACCCAGAACACUUGGCAGCUGCUCUUUACCAGCCAAGAGCCUCCGAGAUGCAUCUGAAGCGCAUGCCCCGUGUCAGGAGCCUAUUCCAAGAGCAGAAAGAGACUGAGCCAGGCAUGGAUGAGGCUGGAGAGAAGGAGCAGAAACAGCUGCAGAAGAGGUUUGGGGGCUUCACAGGGGCCCGGAAGUCGGCCCGGAAGUUGGCCAACCAGAAGCGGUUCAGUGAGUUUAUGAGGCAGUACCUGGUCCUGAGCAUGCAGUCCAGCCAGCGCCGGCGCACCCUGCACCAGAAUGGUAAUGUGUAGCCGGAAGGGGAGCCCCUCCCAGCUGCACCGUCCACUUCAACCCAUGAGUGUCCGGGUGAUCCCCAAAACAGCAUGUCUCCAGCCCCAGACCUGCCGGCUGGGCAUCCGGAUCCCUUCCUUCCCCCGGCACUGAGCCGGGCUUGGUCAUCGGGUCUCCGCUCCCAGGCGCAGAACCUCCCUGUCUGGUGGUCUUCCCUCCCCCCUCCGCCCCGCCCCCUCCCAUGGCAUGUUUCAUGACAACCCAGUUGCUACAUCAGAGUGUAUUUUUGUAAUUCCUCCAGUGAACAUUGGCAUGGCCCCAUCUUUCCUUCUCACCCACCCCUUCCCCCUCCGGGGGUGGGUCGAGGGAACAGGACGUCGAGCUGGGGUUUUGACUUGUCACUGCCA